UAAUGCCCCACGUGUGUGAGUCUCGGGGUCUCUCUGGUGUUUGUGUGUUAAUGAGCUGAUGCUGAAGGAGAGCAGCUUGCAGGAGAAGCAGCACAGUGAUCUCCUAAAAUUCUUCUUUGUGGAUCUCUAACUGUGUGAUUGAGGUGUUGCAGGUUGAGAUGUCCUGUCUGAGGAAAACAGCGCUGGAGCAUUUUGAUGGACUUUCCCUCAUUUACUGAAGGGCUGGAGCAUGUUGGAGAGGAGCUUUGCACACAGGACACACACUCAUUCAUCCAAGAUGCCCACGUUUUCCGUCAUGCUUAAAGGAGCUGUCAUUAUCAGCAGGACGCUGAUGGGGCCGUAUGGAGUAGAUCGAGCUGUGCACCUGAUGCAGUUUUCAGACUGUGAGAAUGGAUUAGGUAUUAAAGUCAUUGGGGGUGUCAAAGAAGCAACAGGAGAAGAGUUUGGAGUGUAUGUGAAGAGAAUCUUACCAGGUGGCCUUGCUUCCUCUGAUGGACACCUGCAGCCUGGAGACCAGAUCUUGGAGGUGAAUGGAGAAAGUUUGAUUGGUGUAACAAGUGAGAGAGCAGUGGAUAUUCUCAGAGCGGCUUCGUCCACAAAUCACAUGCGUCUUCUGAUAGCACGAGACGGGGAAGCUCGGAAAGAGUUUGCAGACCUGAUGGAGAAAUACGGCUCGAACGGCAGUUCUGGCUCAACAAGAAACUCCCCCAUUCAGCACACAGGCAGAUAUUUGGACAGCACAUCAUCGGGGUCCUCGUCCAGAUCUCAGAGUCCUCUCCUGCUCAGUCCAGCUGCUACUCAGAAUGCAUAUAGUAACACAGGGCAGCUACUGCGCUCGCUUAGUCACCCAGGUGAAGGUGUGAUCCAGCUGAUCUCAGUGGUUCGCUAUGGGACUCUGGGCCUCUCGAUCAGUGGAGGUUCUAACAGACCAGACGGUCCGGCUGUGUUCAUACAGGAAGUGGUGUCAGGAGAAGACUGCCAUAGGGAUGGACGUCUCAAAGCAGGAGAUCAGCUCAUAGCUAUUAACAAGGAGUCUCUAAUCGGAGUCACUCACGAGGAGGCCAAAAACGCCAUUGGCAGAGUGAAACUCAGCCAUGAGCCGAUGGUGGAAAUUGCCUUCAUUCCACUGAAAGGCCAUUUUCCCUGCAGCACGUCGCUACACAGCGGAGUUCAGAGAGCCGGAGCCAAGAGCAGGUUUAAAGUGCACGUCACAUGUCCUCAGGUUCGACCAGAAGACACGCCACCGUGCUCGUCUCCUGACAUCAGUCCCGCAGACAUUCAUGUCUCAGCAGCUUUGACCACACAGAACAACAGUGCUGCAUCCAAACCCAAAGUCUCGCUGGACCCCCACAUCCGACUGCGAUCUGAAAAGCUCGACCUGGCUCUGUCUUACCUCGGCCUGGAAGUCACGGAGGAGAACAGGAGAAAAAUCAGAGACAGUUUGUCCACAGAUCCUCAAGGAACAGUGUCUUAUGGAGAGUUCGUGGAGGUCACACGUAACGUGUACCAUGAUAAACUGGAGGAGGCGGGGCUCGCGAAGGGACCCUUCAUGUUCUCCUAUCACGAGGCGGCGAAUUUGAUGGACACGUCGGCCUUCCACUCACCUACGUGUGAGUCGGAGUGCAGCUACAGCAGUGAGGAAAUGGAGCCGUUCCAGUCCGAGAUGAAGCAGCUGCAGACACAAAUGAAAGAGAUGAAGGGUUUACUGGAGGACACAGACGACACAAAAAAACCUCUGGAGGUGGAACUUCAGAAAACCACAGAGAAAUCCAAAACCACUCUGGAGGAGAAUGAGAUGUUGAAGAGCAGGCUGAAGGAGGCUGAGGCUGUUCAGAUGCAGAAUAACAGCGCUGAACAGGACUAUGAGGAGGUCAUUCAGCUUCUCGAGGCUGAAAUCAAAGAUCUGAAGGACCAACUUGCUGAAAAGAAAGACACGAGUUUACAGGAAGACAUGAUGGACCUGAACAAGAGGCUUUCCAUUCUCCACAGUCAGCUACGAAAGUCCGAACUCACCAGGAAACAUCUGGAGAUCUCGAACAAAAAGCUGCUCAGCUUCGCGCAUAAUGUUCAUAAAGUCCUCACCAGUGGCAGUUUAUUGGCGAUGGAGAACGGAUCGUUGCCAGCAAUAGACAAUCUGGAAAUGUCAGACUCCGCCCACCAGCUCGUAGCUGAAGCCAGAGAGCUGAUAGAGAGGGUGUGCUCUCUGUGUGCAGAUGAUCACACAUUACCACAGAUCACUGAGAGAUCCAUCACCGGUCCAGGGUUCGAGUGUGUGGCUGAAGUGAAUCAUCAGCCCCCGACCUCUUUCUUUGGAAUUCCCGUCAAAGAGACACGACGUCUUUAAAACAUCUCACAAACACUGGGACACUUCAACACAAGGGGAGGAUACAAUAAUGUUAUCACCCAAUUAAUAUUAUUUUUUAGACUCGUUUACAAGUGUCUGGGUUUCCCCAAAACACAUUUUUCAUCAUUGGAUUUCUUCCAAAAUAUGUAGGAAAUGUGAAACUCAUACCCGUUACUGUAUUCAGAAGCAUUGGGCAGGUUCAAAAUGAGUGUCCUCACUAUUUGGUGUAAAAAUCACGUCUCACACACUUAUAAACACACAAUGUAUUAUGAGUAAUGUAGUACAUUUUCUCAAACUGCAGGAAUAUAACCGUGAACAUGAGUGAAACAAAUGUUGAUUCGUGUUCUCUUAGUGAUAAUUAUUUGCUGUAGAAAUGAACAUUAAAAAACUUAAACAAUAAAUAUGCCAAAAUUAUAACAAAGCAGGCCAACACACAUUUCUUUCAAUGUUAAUCAAAUGCACUUGCUUUUAAUGUUAGUUUAUGAAUAAAUACGUUCCAAAAAUUGAAUUUCAUAAGUGACGGUAUGUGGAAGAGGGUAGAUGGGUACACUUUCUUUUGAUUAUGUUCCAGUGCCAUGUGAUGCAGCAGGAGCAGCAGUUUGAAUAAAUGUAAUUGAUUUGGGUUUUAUUUUU